AUGGCUUCGACAGGAUUGCCUGAUGGAGCCAACAAGCAUCUCGUGGCAAAGAAGCUCUUUGCGGAAGAAGCUGGCAUGAGCACAGAGCAGUUUAGCUUGAAAGCCCAAGUAAAGUUUCAGUCCGGGGACAUCCCGGUGCCGGAAGGUGCAGACGUGCAGUCGCUUGCUGUGCGCGUUCUAGCCUACUUCGAGAAGCCGAACAGCGUCAUAGAGAUGUCCCCGGAUGCCCGCGCAGUCUUUACUGGACUGCAAUCUUGCUUCAACUGCCAGGCUGCGUUGCUGAGAUCAGAAGCCACAUCGGAAGCUGCCAGAGAAGGAACAGGACCGUGGUUCCUGGCCACUCUUUCUGCAUCGAACCUCAUCUUCGAGAUAGGUCUCGGGAUUUUGGAGAACACAGAGGCAUUUCGGAAUAGACAGCUGCAGUUGCAACCUCGGCACGUGCUGCGUGCGUACGACCAAGUCGCGAUGGCUCGUGCUCUCGUGCGCAUCUGGACGGGCGCAGACCUUCAUGGCGAAAGUUUCAGCGACCGGCCGCUUGGAGAGGAGGAACUGCUCACAGCAGCGGAAAAGUUGGAUGCGGCCAUGGCCGCUCUCCCGACGAGCAGCCAGUACCAGAGAUUCGCAUUGACGCAGGAGAUGCCACCUUCGACGGAUGUCGAAGCGGUCAAAGAAGAGUUGUCGGCUCGAGAGUUCCUUCGCGCCAAGGAGGAGGGCUCCUCCUCGGAUUGCGAGGUCGUCUGCUCCACUCCGGGACCGGUGGCGGUUGUUGCGGAGACGCCGGCUGCGUCAGACAGCGCCGCCCAGGCAUGCAAAAGCACUGCCUUCAAAGACGUUCUGACCCUGAUGGACGUGCCGAGCAUGAAGCACGGAUACGGUGAAGGCGGCCAGUCCGUGCAAGACCCGAAAGUCGGUGAGGUCCUGUACUCGGACCGCGAACUGAUGUUCAAGACGCUGAAGAGGGGCGAAGCCAUCAUCUUUGGCUAUCGGGUCAUCGACAGCAUCUCCGUGAAGAAACGAAGGGUGGAUGAGCCGGGCAGAAAGUACACGAAG